GACUUUUGUUCGUUGACUGAAUUGAACUAAACAAAAAAAUAAAUUAUUUUGUUUCUCCUAUUGGCGUACAUCUUGAGCCAAUAGUUUGUUAUUGCUGAAAAUUGAAGGGAGUGGUGCGCUUCUAGCUUUGUCCCGAGUGUGGAAAUUUUGAGUCCUAGGAUCAUGGCGGAAGCAAACCCUGCUGUGGAUGUUAGUGCUGCAGCCGAGUCUAAGAAGGCCAAAAAGAAGGCGGAGAAGAAGGCUGAAAAGGCAAAGCUAAAGGCUGAUGCUCAAGCUGCCAGUGGUGGUGCUGAAAGUGCUGCCGCAGCAGAAGAGGAUGUAUCGAAAGGACUUUAUGGUGACAUGCCAGUGAUACGCUCUACUGACAGGCCAGGCCGUACAUUUGUACGCGUGGAUGAGCUGUCAGAGAGCUUAGCCGACAAGACCGUUCUUGUGCGUGCACGUCUGCACACCAGUAGACUGACAGGAAAAUAUUGCUUUGUAGUACUAAGGCAGCAAUGUUACACAGUGCAAGGAAUUGUUACCAAAGGAGACAAAGUCAGCAAGCAAAUGCUGAAGUUUGCCUCUGGUAUUCCAAAGGAGUCUAUUGUGGAUGCCAUUGGAGUAGUGAGGACUGUAGAAAAGCCGGUGACGAGUUGCACACAGCAGAAUGUUGAGCUGCACGUGCAGGAACUCUUCACGGUGAGCAAGUCUGAACCUCGUCUACCUCUUCAAAUUGAGGAUGCUUCCCGGACAGAGGCUGAGGAAGAGGAAGGUGCGGCUGGGCCGAAAGUCAAUCAAGACACUCGCCUGGACAACAGAAUAAUCGACCUGAGGACAACGACUAAUCAGGCCAUCUUUCGCAUGCAAGGAGGUGUUGUUCGCCUUUUCAAAGAGCACCUUGCUUCAAGGCGAUUUGUGGAAAUCCAAACUCCUCAUAUCAUCAGUGCUGCUAGCGAAGGUGGUGCCAAUGUCUUUACAGUUGGCUACUUCGACCGUAAGGCCUACCUGGCACAGUCUCCACAGCUUUACAAGCAAAUGGCCAUCUGUGCUGACUUUGAGCGUGUAUUCUGUGUGGGACCUGUGUUCCGUGCGGAGGACUCCAACACACAUCGUCAUCUCACUGAGUUUGUUGGCUUGGACUUGGAGAUGGCUUUCAAUGAGCAUUAUCACGAGGUGCUGGACGUCAUCGGGAGCUUGUUUGUGAGCCUGUUCAAGGGUCUCCGUGACCAAUUUGCCUCAGAGAUUGACACCAUCAACAAGCAAUUUCCAUGUGAACCGUUUCAGUUCCUGGAGCCCAGUCUUCGUCUUGAGUGGUCGGAGGGAAUUACUCUGCUGCGUGAGAACGGAGUGGUCAUGGAUGAUGAGGAUGAUCUCAGUACUCCUAAUGAGAAGCUCCUAGGACGCCUUGUCAAGGAGAAGUACGGGACCGACUUUUUCAUUUUGGACAAAUUCCCAUUGGCCAUCCGCCCAUUCUACACCAUGCCCGAUCCCAACAAUCCAAAAUCCAGCAACUCCUACGACAUGUUCAUGCGGGGUGAAGAGAUCCUGUCCGGUGCCCAGCGUAUCCAUGACGCUGCUAUGCUGACAGACCGUGCUAAGCUCCACAAUAUUGACCUGGAGAAGAUCAAGGCCUAUAUUGAUGCCUUCCGCUACGGAGCACCGCCCCAUGCUGGUGGUGGCAUUGGUCUGGAGCGUGUUCUCAUGUUGUACCUUGGCCUCAAGAACAUCAGGAAGACGUCAUUGUUCCCCCGCGACCCAUCCAGACUCACUCCAUGAAAAAGCAGUUAGGUUUGCCGUGUGCUUCCUCUUGCCCGUGUUUGCACAGUCCUUGGGAGUGUGCUGCUGCUGCCAGUCUUACUCUGCCUGCAUGCAGGUGUGUAUGUCUGGUGUACAUGUGCGCGUGCGCAUUUCUGCAGAGCAAUGGAUAAUGUGAUUCUUUCAUAGCCUUUCUCCACUUCUUACUGAUUGGACAUUCUGUGCAGCUGUCCUUUGGCAUUUCUCCCCCCACCCCUUUCUCGGCCCUUUGCUCCGGCCCUGGCAUAACUACAUCCGGCUCUACUUUACAAGGUCAGCACAGGCUGCAUGGUAUACUUUGCUUCCAUCAAUUCUUGGUGCUGUUGCCCGGACAGCAUGCUGAUGUCUGCACGUACUAGGAAUACCUACCCACUGGUGACUAAACUGCUGCCUCACCAUAAGUACAGGAUUUGGGUACAUUUCUUUACUGCUCUUUAGGAAUCUACUCUUUCUUAGUCUGCUGUAAAUGUUCACAUCCUCAUUUUAACUCAUUACUCAAAGAAAUUACCCCCGAAGCGCUUUGCACUGUUA